CCGAUAGUCUCCUACCUAGCCUCAGGGGAAAUCCCAUGUUUAAUAUCGUUCUCCCUGGACUUUGAGGCCAAUUUUGAUACUAAGAUCUCUUAACGCUCGGCCGUUAUUUGCAUCGAGAUUGGGCGAUAAGGAAACGGAAGACUCGUGCUGGAGGUGAAGUCUAGGUAUGCUUCCGCCGGGGAGCAUAUAAGGUUGUUAAGAUCACCAGGACCAUCCCCACUGCGAUAUUCACUCUCUCUUAAUCCCUUGCAGAGCUCCAUUGAGCCAACAGUGCAUCCAUGGCUCGCACCGCCUUCCUCUCCUCGGCCCUCUUCGCGGCCACAACCCUCGCCCAAGUCCCCGGCCCAUAUACCCCCGAAGUCCACCCAGCCCUCACAUCCUACAAAUGCACCACAUCCGGAGGCUGCAAACCCGCCAACAGCUCCAUUGUCCUGGACUCCGCCUACCGCUGGCUGCACAACGUCGACGGCUACACCAACUGCGUGACUAACGGCUUCAACUCGGAGUUCUGCCCGGACGUCGAGACGUGCGCGAAGACGUGCUCGCUCGAGGGCGUCGAUUAUCCGAGCUAUGGUAUUCGCACGAGUGGCGACGCGCUCACGCUAAGUAUCUACAAGACGGAUCCGGCGACGAAUGUUACGACGUUGAGUAGCCCGCGCGUGUAUUUGCUGGAGGACGAUGAGACCUAUGAGGCUUUUAAGCUGCUGAAUAAGGAGUUCUCGUUUGAUGUCGAUGUGAGCAAGGUACCCUGUGGGAUUAAUGGCGCCCUGUACUUCAGUGAGAUGAACGAGAAGGGCGAUCGGAAUGAGUUGAACAAGGCUGGUGCGAAAUACGGAACGGGUUACUGCGAUGCCCAGUGCCCAUCGCAGAACUUCAUCAAGGGAGUCGCCAACCUCAACGGCACAUACGGAGCCUGCUGCAACGAAAUGGACAUCUGGGAAGCCAACCGCGCCGCCACCGCCUACACACCGCAUCCCUGCGACGCCAUCGAAGUCCGCGCCUGCAGUGGCGCUGAAUGCGGCAACGGCGACAACCGCUACAGCGGCGUAUGUGACAAAGACGGCUGCGACAUUAAUCCGUACCGCAACGGCAACAAAGCCUACUACGGCUACGGCGCCAACUACACUGUCGACACGACCAAGCCGUUCACCGUCGUCACGCAGUUUCUGACCACGGAUGGGACCGGCAACGGCACGCUGAAAGAGAUCCGCCGCCUCUAUGUCCAAAACGGAAAGGUUAUCCAGAACGCAAAGGUCAAUGUUCCCGGUCUUGAUCCUGUCGAUUCUAUGACGGAUGCGUACUGCGUCGCGCAGAAGAAAGUGUUCGGCGGUACGGACGACACCGCGUGCCAGGGCGGCCUGAAGACUAUGGGCGAGGCGAUUGGUCGCGGUAUGGUUCUGGCGUUCGCUAUCUGGGACGAUGCGGGUAGCUAUAUGGGAUGGCUUGAUCAAGACCCAUUCCCCGCUGAUGCGGAUUCGAGCCAGCCUGGUGUUGGGCGGGGACCGUGUCCGACGACGGGUGGGAGGCCAGCCGACCUGAUUAAGCAGUAUCCUGAUGCGGCGGUCGUCUUCUCGAAUAUCAGGAGCGGAGAUAUUGGGUCGACGUAUUCGAAUAGCACGAUGGUGCGGAGGUCUGUGAGGCGGUACUAGGGAGCGGGGGUAUAGAGACGAGGAUGACGGAGGCAUGUACAU